GUUUACAUUACGUUGGUGAAUGGUGGAUGCUGCUGAUAUGAUUUUAUGAUUGUGACCAAAAAUUAAUGCACAGAAUGAGUACAGAACAAGAAAUAAUAAGAAUUGGUAAAGCUCUUGAGAAGAUUGUGGGUGAAGACAAUCCGAAUACAGAAAAAGCAUUGGAUCUUCUCAAAUCUUUACAAGAAAUGCCAAUGACUCUUGAUUUGUUACAGAAGUCACACGUUGGCCUGUCUGUUAACACCUUACGCAAGAAAUGCAGUGACAGUGAAGUGUCUGGUGUUGGUAAGAAGCUAAUUAAACAAUGGAAGAAACUUUUAUCAGCUGAUUCACCUAAAUCUUCUACUUCUGAGAGAAGGCGUUCAUCAGAUCAAUCUUCUCCUCCUCCGGUUGUGUAUAAUCCUCAAAACUCAUCCGCCCAACCGACUAGCAAUGGUAGUACCACUCCAACAUCCUCUACUAUGCCAGUCCCAGAGUUCUCAUUAUCAAUUGAUGGAUCGUCUCGUGUGCCUCCAACUAGUAAUGCUGUCCGUAACACUUGUCGUGAUAUGGUUUAUAAAGCAAUGAAGAAAGGACUCAAUGAAGUUAAUAUUGAAGAUGAUACACGUCUAUAUAACUUAAGUGCUGCAAUUGAAGAUCAAAUAUUUUCUGAGUUUAAAGAUACAAAUAUGAAAUAUAAGAACAGAGUGAGGAGUAGAGUCUCUAAUAUUGGUGAUUUGAAAAACCCUGGGCUGAAGCAGAAAAUUAUAUCAGGGGAAAUCUCACCAGCCAGGAUUGCUAAAAUGUCAACUGAAGAGAUGGCCAGUGAAGACAUGAAGAAGCUAAGGCAGGAGUAUACCAAGGAGGCCAUCAGAGACUCACAAAUGGCAGUUACUCAAGGAACCAAAUCAGAUUUGCUUAAAUGCGGCAAGUGUGGAAAAAGGAACUGUAGCUACAAUCAAAUGCAAACAAGAAGUGCAGAUGAGCCAAUGACUACUUUUGUAUUGUGUAACGAAUGUGGCCAUAGAUGGAAGUUCUGUUGAUGUCGCUAGUUUAUGCCAGAUGUAUGUGAGCAGUUUCAUCAUAAUAAUUAUUGACUCAUUUUUGUAAACUUUGACAGAACGCACAAUUCACUGUGACACUCAAGCAAUAUUGAUUUUCUCACAAAAAUUUAUUGUUCAUUAAAUUGCAGACGAGACAUUUGCACCAUGUA